CAAUAAUGGAGAUUGGUAUAUACGUGGACGAUGAAGCUAAGGAACGGGGAGAAAGUGAGCAAACGAUUUAUAGAGAAGGACAGAAGCAUUCCUACAUAGCAGAAAAGGUCAUUGGUCACGGCUCCUUUGGAGUUGUCUACAAAGCUUAUGAGUCAUACACUAGAGAAGCAGUUGCUAUCAAAUAAAGUCUUCUUUGAUGAACGGUAUAAGAACAGAGAAUGCGAGAUCAUGAAAGAGCUAGAACAUCCAAAUAUUAUUGAGUAUAAGAAAUCCUUUGUCAUUGACGGCGGCACUAAGGAAGACGUUUAUCUGAAUAUUGUCAUGGAAUACUUUCCAGAAGACCUUAAAAGAGUUAUGGAUUACUAUAGAAAUCAAGGAGAGAAAGUCCCUCUCUUUAUGACUAAGGUCUUUAUGUACCAAAUUUUACGUGCUCUGGCUUAUCUUCAUGGCAAAGGGAUUUGUCAUCGAGAUAUCAAGCCAAGCAAUUUACUCAUUGACCCCACCAGGAAUAUAAUAAAACUAUGAGAUUUUGGAAGUGCAAAGAAGAUUGUUCCUGGUGAAGAAAAUAUAUCUUAUAUAACCUCAAGACAUUAUCGAGCACCAGAGCUUAUCCUUGGUGCAAGGUAUUAUUCUCAUGAGAUUGAUAUAUGGUCAGCAGGAGUUUUACUGGUUGAACUGAUCAACGGAGAGGCUCCCUUCAAAGGAGAGAACGGAGUCGAUCAACUAAUCGAAAUUAUUCGAGUUUUAGGAACUCCAAACAGAUUACAGCUUAUUAAGAUGAAUCCUGACUUCAUUGAAUUUAAAUUUCCUCAAGUGCUUCCUAUAUCUUGGUCAUAUUUUUUCGAAAAGAAAGUACCAGAGGAUGCUUUGGACCUAAUAUCUAAUCUAUUGAUGUAUAUUCCUUCACACAGAAUGAAGCCGAUUGAAGCUCUGAUGCAUCCUUUCUUUGAUGAGUUACGAGCUUCUACUUUAUACUCAGACCCACUUAACCGGGUUCCAAAUCUCUUUGAUUUCUUUAAGGAGGAAAUUGAGCUGAGCAGCGUUCAAAUAAUCGAGCAGUUAGUCCCAACCUGGUACAGAAAUGAAGAAUUAGAACGAAUGCAGAAAAACAAGAAAGCCAUUUGCACUCCCAGCAGAGAUUAUGAAGAUGAGCUUGACAAAAUGGUGAGGGAUCACAAAAAGAAAUCCAAAAGGAGUAAGGCUCAGACAACUCGAAGGAGGGGCUCUCAGUAUGAGCUUGAUGACCAAGAAGUGUAUGCUCGCUUUUAUGACACAAAGACUUAAUUCCUUAAUAAUUUCUAUAUUUUCU